CGCACAGAGAGUCCGGUGGGGGGGGGGGGGGGCGCAAGGCUUGUGAACGGCCGGCCGGUCCAGCUGCACUCUCUCCUCUCUGCUGCUGCUGCCUCGGGGGGAAUUAAUUUAUUUCAAAACAACCACACAAGAGGAGGUGUACUGCUGAAUAAAGGGCCGCUGACAGAGAGGGGUAAGAAGAUGACGAACGAGUUUUGGGACCCGCUGUAAUGAGAGAAAAGAAGGCGAAAUGGCAGUGCAUGUUUUCAAAUGCCUGCGCCGGCCCGGGCGCUAGAACAACCAACAGGUAGUAGGAGCUCGAGUUUUGUCACGUUAUCGUCCGAGUCAAAUGGCGGCAGGUGGAGUUCAAAACCGACUGACUUGGCAGGCGUCUGCGGUAUCUGUGUUUGUUUGAAAGUGUGUAGGGCCACCCACUGUUUUGACAGAAGAGUUAUGGAAUAUGAGGAGCCCGACGUGCCCCCCGCUGACAACCCCAUUAAAAGAGCUCAGAUUGAAGUUAUCCCAUGUAAGAUCUGCGGGGAUAAAUCCUCUGGAGUACAUUAUGGAGUCAUCACUUGUGAGGGCUGCAAGGGAUUUUUCCGGCGUAGCCAGCUGCCUACUGUAUCCUACUCCUGCUCCAGGCAGAACAACUGUCAGAUCGACCGGGCCAGCCGCAACCGCUGCCAACACUGCCGCCUGCAGAAGUGCUUAGACCAGGGCAUGAGCAGAGAUGCGGUGAAGUUCGGACGGAUGUCCAAACGUCAGCGGGACUCUCUGAUCGCUGAAGUGGAGAGGCACCGACAGCAGCAGCAGCAGCAGCAACAACAGCAACAGCUUCAGGGAGACGCCCAUUCUCUCUUGUCCUUCCCCACCAAGGCUCUUCAAGACCGCUCCCCACAGCUCCUUCAGCCCAUGGCCUCAGCCUACUCCUUCACUGGGGGGGCCGAGCUGCUGUCCUACAACGCUGAUGUUCACCCUUACCUGGUGUGCUCCCCGAACGAGACGCAGGUGUCGGGUAUGAUCUUCCGAGGCUCAGGUGUGUCUCCCACAUCGAGAUCUCAGGAGAGGGGGGACAACAGCGGACACCCUGACAUAAGAGAAUUUGACUCCAGACAGCCAUCUCAUGAUCUGGUGGCGAUUCAUUCCUACAGUCCCCUGGAGGAUCCUUACAACCUCUAUCCUCACUCUCUGAGAAGCAUAGAUGAGCUGUGUGCCAGCAUUGUGCGUUCUCACAGAGAGACCAGCAAGUACAGAGUGGAGGAGCUGCAGGCUCUCAGAUGGAAACUGUUUAGCAGAGAGGAGAUCCAAGCCUACCAGAGCAAAUCGGUGGAUGACAUGUGGCAGCACUGCGCCAUCCGACUGACUGAUGCCGUGCAGUAUGUUGUGGAGUUCGCAAAACACAUCCCAGGCUUCCGUAUGCUCAGUCAGAAUGACCAGAUUGCUCUCCUGAAGACUGGCUCCAUGGAGGUGGUUUUGGUCAGGAUGAGCCGCUUCUUCAACACCGAGAACAGCACCGUCUUCUUCGACGGGAAAUUUGCUGGAGCUGAAGUCUUCAAGUCUUUGGCAUGUGGGGAUUUAAUCACAGCAGUGUUUGACUUUGCUCAUGGUAUGUGUGCUUUAAAGCUCACAGAUCAGCAGAUCGCUCUAUUCAGUGCUCUGGUGCUGAUCAACUCAGAUCGUCCAUGUUUGGAGGACAGAGGCAAAGUUCAGCGAGUGCAAAGAAGCGUAGAGUUUGGACUCACACACAUUCUACACAGAGACAACCAAGAAAGUCUAAUGCACAAGCUGUACCAGAGGAUGGCAGUGUUGCGUUCACUGUGCAGUCUGCACAUGGAGAAGCUGCGCUGGUUCAGUCUGCGUUACCCGCUCACUGCUCACUCUCUUUUCCCUCCACUUUACAAAGAGCUGUUCGCCUCUGAGGCAGAGCUGCUGCCGGCAACCAUUCACUGAUAAUUCACUAGAAUAUGCAAAGACACACAUGCACACAUUAUUUCAAGUCUCAUCAUUACUUCUUGACAGAAUCUAUUUUUCUAAUAAUGACAAUAAAUGAGAAAAGCACAGUAACCAUAGCGUGUUAAAUAGGCUACAUGAAUUCCAGCAAAGCUUUUUUGGUAGAUUGUGUCGAACAUAAAUUUCAAUAUUUUGAUAGCUGAAAACUAUUUUGAUUAUUCCAGGGAAAUUGUCGUUGACAGCACAUUGCCAGUCAGGUACGGUAUUCAUUUUCUCUCAGGAUGUGCUCUUGCGAGUCACAGUUACUAGGUGUCACAGUGCCUCGAUCAUAGAGAUUCAGAGGCAGGACACCGACUGUUGUCAACUGAAAUUUAGAACGGUAUUCCAACCAGAAUCUAUCUUUAUAGUAGAAAACACUGACCUCCUGUAGAAUCAAAAGGUGACUCGUUGCCAUCAGUAAAUAAUAUACGUAUAUAUACACUGUACAAAUAGAAAAAUAAAAUAGAUCUCUCACUCUUCCAGAAGCCUGCAAAAUAGCCUGCACCCACAAAUUACAUACAUAUUUAAAGGUUGUUAAUAUAUUGCAUAAUACAUUCUCUCUUGAAAACAGGAAACAUUGGUAUGUGUUAUUACAUAUUUAGUGUUGAACAAACCCAGAAAACAAGAGACAACCUGCCUCUUUUUGCCUCUAUUUGUACGUCUGUAGAGAAGUGUCUCUCCUCAGGUUGAUAAUAAGUCCCACAAAGCAGCAGAACUUCUCAAAUGUUAUUCUUUGUGUUUAAAUAAAUCCUCACAGGCGUUUAUGUCUUUUGAGCUUAAACAUAUUUUGCAUUAAAUGUAGAAAUUGAAUUUAAAGUGCGAGAGGUACAGUAGAAGUCUCUUCCACCGUGUGCAAACCUUUCCUUUUUUCAGAUUAUGUUACAUAUUUUAUGUUUUGUUUCCUUUACAUAUCUUUGACUAAAGCCAUAAGUAAAGAUAUAAUGAGAGGCUUCAGCAUUAAGUACUGUAUGUUCGGAUGUAGUCCUCUCUGUUCCUGGAACAGCUGAGAUUGUGGUGAAGAUAAUUCCAUGUAAAUCUUCUAAUAAAUGAGGCUGGGAAACCAAGUA